AUGGUCAACAUGAUUGAACUGACAACAAGCCAGAUGGAUGCAUUUGGACAACAUGCCAAGUUUGUCCACGAUAUCUGUGGCCGCCGUCCUCUGGCCUCCAGUCACAGUAGCAACAUGCGGAUCGUGGGCGGCGUCGAUACGCUCCCGGGAACGUGGCCUUGGAUUGUCAGCAUCCAGAUACCCACCACGACUGGCUUCAGGCACACCUGUGGAGGGUCUCUCAUCAGCCCUCGCUGGGUCAUCACCGCAGCCCACUGCUUCCUCAACAAAAGAUACCUAGAACACUGGAAGCUGGUUUUUGGUGCUGCUCAGCUUUCUCGGCCUGGUCCAGAUGCCCAGGAACGCACCAUCAAGAACCUGGUGGAGCAUCAGCACUACAGAAGUUCCACCUACUUCAACGACGUGGCCUUGAUGGAGCUAAGCCACCCAAUCAACUGCAGUGACUACAUCCAACCUGCCUGCCUGCCGGAUAUGAAUAUAGAGAUUUCAUCGCUGACCCGCUGCUACGUCAGCGGGUGGGGAGUGACCGACGUCUCGAAGCCAAAGGUGACCUCGGAUAUCCUGCAAGAAGCCAAAGUAAACCUCAUCCCCAUAACCACAUGUAACAGCACUGCCUGGUACGACAAGAAAAUCCAUUACAACAAUCUCUGUGCUGGGCACGAGGAAGGAGGCAUCGACACUUGCCAGGGUGACAGUGGCGGUCCCCUGAUGUGUCGGGAGCACAGGUCCGAGCGUUUUUGGCUUGUCGGUGUCACCAGCUGGGGGGCCGGCUGUGCCAGGGCCAUGAGGCCAGGCAUCUAUUCCUCCAUGCAACAUUUCCUGAAAUGGGUCAAAGACGUGACCAAGGAGAACUUCUCCAAGACUCCUCGCCCACCCAAAACAAGACCCCCGACAAAGCCGCUCAAUCAGCUGUGGCAACCAACCGCCCCCUCGAAUGCCAACCAGCAGCUUGAGAGCUGGGCUCAACCCAGGCCAAAGCCAACCAGGUCUCCUCCAAGGCCACCUUCGGCAAAUGAAAUCCAACUGCUUGAGAACUGGGCCGCAGCUCAGACGAGGCCUAUCUCCAGGGAGCAGAUGCGAGCGUGA